AUGUCGGUGAUUCUCUGCACAGGCAAGCUCCGCUCCCACGGCCGAUCCCCUGGGCCGCCGCCCCGUCCAACGACGACCAGGUUCUGGGAGGCCCUCUCCGGCAUCUGCUCCCGCACGAUCCAGCACCCGGACUCGCAGGUCAACCGCCUGUGCAUCUCGCCCGACAAGCGCUACCUGGCCGCCGCGGGCAACCAGGCGAUCAAGCUGUACGACAUCAAGUCGACGAACCCGAAUCCCGUGCUGACGUUCGAGGGCCACACGGGCAACGUCACCGGCGUCGCGUUCCACUGCGAGGGCAAGUGGAUGGUGACGAGCUCCGAGGACGGCACCGUCAAAAUCUGGGAGACGCGCACCGGCGCCAUCCAGCGCAGCUACAACCACGGCUGCCCGGCCAACGACGUCGUCAUCCACCCGGACCAGGGCGAGAUCAUCAGCUGCGACCGCUCCGGCUACGUGCGCGUCUGGGACCUUGCGGAGAAUACGUGCGCGCACGAGCUGACGCCCGAGGCCGACGUGUCCGUCUCGAGCGUUACUGUCUCGAGUGACGGCUCGCUACUGUGCGCCGCUAACAACAGCGGCAACGUCUUCAUCUGGAAGAUUGAGCAAGAGUACAACGGCACCCGCAUGGUCCCGGUGACGCACUUCUCCGCGCACAAGGAGUACAUCACCCGCAUCCUGCUCUCGCCCGACGUCAAGAAGCUGGCGACGUGCAGCGCCGACCACACGGCCAAGAUCUGGGAGAUCCGGGACAGCACGUCGCAGCAGCCGCAGAAGGGGCAGCCCGGCGAGCUGCAGCCGCCCAAGUCGCUGCCGCUCGAGGCCACGCUCACGGGCCACCAGCGCUGGGUAUGGGAUUGCGCGUUCAGCGCGGACUCUGCGUACCUCGUCACGGCGUGCUCGGAUCACUACGCUCGCCUCUGGGAGCUGCACAGCCAGCAGAUCAUCCGGCAGUACAACGGGCAUCACAGAGGCGCCGUGUGCGUGGCCCUCAACGACUACUCGGAGCCACGUUAG